CCUCCUUCCCAAGCCCACGCCCGCGCCUCUAACCCUAGUCCCUAAUACCCUUUCGUCAAAGGCGUGGUCAUGAGCCAAUGCAUGACACCGAUCAAGAACAACCUACCGCAUAGCUGACCGACCGGGUACCCUUCCCGCACCCUUACAGGCAAGCAGGCAGGCGCAGGCAGGUGUCAUGGCUGCUCAGGGUCGCUUGCGGUCGGAUAUAUAAAGCCCGGGCGCUUGGCUUGCCGCGCCCAGAUCACGUCGAUACGCGUAGCUUGUACGUCCCUCCGUUGCGUUCGGUCUGUCUCUUCGUCCGCCCUUCGUCUGUUUUCUGCGUCGCCGCCCUUCGUCUGUCUAUCUCCGCUGCCAUGCACUCGUCAUUAGUCUCCGUCGCUGCCCUCCUCAUAGUUGUGGCACUGACAGCAGCCAGACCCGAUGGUGCCACUAUCCUCGACUUCGAUGGUGACAACCACCACCACACGCAACAGGGAAGUGCUGGAAAUGUUGUCACGGGGACCUACGGCUGGACGUCCCCCGAAGGAUACAACUUCCGGGUCAAGUACAUCGCCGACGCGAACGGCUUCCGCGUCGUCGAGAGCAACGCCGUCCCGAUCAACGCCGACGGAAUCUACGCCGACGGGAAGCAGGGGGCGUUCGAGUCGGACGAAUAUGAGAAAUGA